AUGCACGCGGGGCAGGCCGCGAGGCAGCGCGCGGGCGCGCCAACGGGGGAGCUGCCGCUGGGGGAGCUGCGGGAGCAGCUGGCGGCGCUGGGGGUCGCGGCAGACGAGGGGGCGCUGGUCUCGCUGCUGGAGGCGGCGAGCGCGGCAUUCGGGGACAUGGACGCGCCUGAGGCGGCGCUGUACGCGGGGUGCCUGCCCAACUUCAUGUGGCUGCCGGACGAGCGGCUGGUCAGCUUCAUGUCGUGA